AUGUUUGCGAUUGCUAGUGACGAUGUGGAGGAAGUGCGGCGUGUGCUGGAAAGUGGUGAAGCAGAGCCGAACGCGCAAGUUGGCCCGCAGUCGGCUUUGGCGUUUACAUUGACGAAUGAUCGGCUCAAGAACAAGAUCGGGAUUGUGAAAGAGCUUCUUGCUCAUGGCGCUGACCCGGCGGCUCUUAGGAAUCCGGACUCGAAUCCGCCCGAGGCUUUGACUCAGGACCAGGUUUCUCUGCUUAGCCCUCCACCUAGCACCACGUUGGAUGGCAUGGACCCGGCGACUCGCUAUUUCAUCUCUAAAGCUGAUAAUCCCGAUACGCGUCGCGCAUCUGCCCUUAUCCACCGCUCGUUCUUCCGACCGCUGGCAAAAGUUCGAUAUGAUAUCAUUGGCCAGGAUCGUGCUCUGGAGCAAUUGUUCCGCGUGUUGAGCAUGAACUCCCAGCAGUUCUCUGUAGCACCCCUCGUAGUUCUCCUCUGCGGUCCUAGUGGUCAUGGGAAGAGUCUCUUGGCUCGGAAGUUUGGCUCGUUACUCGAAGUCCCUACCCACACGGUAAACAUGACCACUUUGAGAUCAACGCAUGACAUAUGGUUGUCCCAUUCUAUGAAUCCCUAUGAAGAGCCUUCAAGUUCCACGCUUGCCGAGUUCCUCAUCGACAACGAAGGCAAACGUUGCGUCGUAGUCCUUGACGAAAUAGACAAGACGGAAGACGAGAAAUUCCUGCUGUCUUUGCUGAUGCCGUGGGAGAUAGGCCGUUGUUCGCCCGAAGCCGGUCGUCGCCAUAUUGAUGUGCGAAACGUCAUUUGGAUAGGGACGGCGAACAUCGGACACGACCUGGUAUUCGCCUAUGAAGCUGAAAGGCCAGAUCCGUAUUCCAUGUUGUCCAGAGAGGAAUACGUAGAGCUUAUGAGACAGUUCCGACCCGUCGUCUCGGACCGGCUAGGGGCAUCUCUGGUCUCUCGAAUGACAACAGUCCUUCCGUUUGUUCCUUUCACCGAGGAUGAGAAGAUGGCCAUAGCUGCGGAAGCCCUCUAUACCCUAGGAAAGGACCUAGUGCAGACUCUCCCGUCUGAAACUGUCGAGACUAUGCUGAGAAGAGCCAUGGAUGACUAUCUCCCGGAUGAGGGAGCACGAUGUUUGUACAGGAGUGUAUCUACGCAGCUAUUAGACUUCUCCAUGUGA